AUGGCGACCUCCAUCGCCGCGACAAGGCGGCCAUUCCUCACCUUGCCAUUCCUUCUACCCUCAUUGUCAGACUCACUGGCACUCGGAUUUCGCCGAAACCAAUCCUCAUACCGACGCACUAAGCAACGACUACGUGUAAAGCCAGACACCUCCUUUGCUUCAUCUCAACAGGGUCACGAUCACAUUAUCCACAAUCCGCCAUCUAGUGCACCCAAUGUCUACCAUACCCCAUCUAAAUUUCUGCCUGCCGAUGAUGUUCGUCGUGUAUCAACUCUCUCGACUACAACCACCAAUGCCGAAGAUCUUCCCGGUGUUUACAAGUCCGUGCCGGAACGCAAAUAUCACCUCACCCCUUCAGACAUUGAAGAAAUCCGCAACCUUCGCAUGACUGAUCCCAUGACUUGGAGCCGGAACAAGCUUGCCAAGCGCUUUGAAUGUUCGCCCGUCUUUAUUGCCAUGGUUUGCCAGGCAAGCCCGGAGAAGAGGGAGAUCCAGGCCCGUAUCCUGGAAGCUGUGCAAUCACGAUGGGGUCCUAAGCGACGCAUGGCCAGAGAAGAUCGCCAACUGCGGCGGGAAGCCUGGGGCCAGGAUGCAUAG